GCCACGCUCGGGUCACGCCGCCGCCUCGCGCCCCAUCAGCGCCAGGCCCGCUAGUGAGUCCCCGCCGCGCCCUCAGCCGCUCGGCCAUGGGCGCCUCAGGCUCGUCGGCGCCGGCCCGCCUCGGCCUCCCCGCGCAGCCCCGGCCCGGGUGGCUCGGGGUCGCCGCGCUGGGACUGGCCGCGGUGGCGCUGGGGGCCGUCGCCUGGCGCGGCGCGCGAUCUUGGCGGCGCUGGCGGCGCCGGCGGCUGCAGCAGGUGGGCACCGUGGCGCAGCUCUGGAUCUACCCGAUCAAGUCCUGCAAGGGGGUGCCGGUGAGCGCGGCCGAGUGCACGGCCAUGGGGCUGCGCAGCGGCCACCUGCGGGACAGGUUCUGGCUUGUCAUCAACAAGGAAGGGAACAUGGUUACGGCUCGACAGGAACCCCGUCUGGUCUUGAUUUCCCUGACCUGUGACGGUGAGUCCCUGACCCUCAGCGCAGCCUACACAAAGGACCUGCUGUUGCCCAUCAAGACGCCCACCACGAAUGCAGUACGCAAGUGCAGAGUGCAUGGCCUGGAGAUCGAGGGCAGGGACUGCGGGGAAGAUGCAGCCCAGUGGAUAACCAGCUUCCUGAAGACACAGCCCUACCGCCUGGUGCGCUUUGAGCCUCACAUGCGACCAAGAAAUUCCCACCAAGUCAUAGAUGCGUUCCGGCCCACGGAUCAGAUUGCUUACCCAGAUGCCAGCCCAUUCUUGAUUCUUUCUGAGGCAUCUUUGGCAGAUCUCAACUCCAGGCUAGAGAAGAAAGUUAAAGCAACCAACUUCAGGCCCAAUAUUAUAAUUUCAGGAUGUGGAGUCUAUGCAGAGGAUUCUUGGAAGGAGCUUCUUAUUGGUGACGUGGAAUUGAAAAGGGUGAUAGCUUGUUCCAGGUGCAUUUUAACCACAGUGGACCCGGACACUGGUGUCAUGAGCAGGAAGGAGCCCCUGGAAACCUUGAAGAGUUAUCGCCUGUGUGACCCUUCUGAACGAAAGAAAUAUGGAAAAUCACCUCUCUUUGGACAGUAUUUUGUUCUGGAAAACCCAGGGACAAUCAAAGUGGGAGACCCUGUGUACCUGUUGGCCCAGUAAUGGGAACCCUAUCUCAUGGAAUAUCAGCCUUUUAAAAAUGUCCUCAAAAAUAACACUUGAAGCAGUGUUUGGACCUGACACCUCAGCAUUUUCUUUAGAUCUGUGAUUUCCAAGUUUUCCCUCUUUUGGACUUCCUCAGGUCUCAGUGCUUCUGGUGCCCCAGUGCACAAAGUAAAGCAAUAUAGUAUCGAUAACUUAGUAGGACUUCAGUAAGUCACUUAGAUAAGACAGGAUUCCAAAAAACAAAAACAAAAAACCCUGCUUAAUUAUGACUGCAGAAUAAUUAAUUCUCCUUUUUUUUCCAAUCACUUACCCCUUAGGGAAAGAGAAAGAGUGAGAGGGACAGAAGAAUAUUCGGAAAUGUUUUAUAACUCCUCUGCAUGGUACAUGCAGUGGAAGUUAAUCAGCUCCCCGGAUGGGGCUGGAGUGACAUUUUACUUUUUUCUAUCACUCAUCAAGCCCCGUGAUAGUUUUUGAAAAGGAACAAAGAGCUGACAGUCCAGAAGCGUUCCGAUGUUACUUUCUCCUAGAUCUUGGAUUAGGCACUAUUGUUUCUCAGGCAGUGUCCAUCAGGAUUUGAGAGCAUGCAGCACCUCUGGGCUGAAAUUUUAGGGUUGACAGUCAACCCAGGAGAACAGUAUUGCUGCCAGACUCUGAUCUGGAUUGUGUGAGAAGCAAGACCAACCAGCAAAAACUUGCUUGCCAUGAAGCAAAAUAUCAAAAAUAUUCCACUUUUGGUUAUAAACUUUUCCAAAAAUGUGAGAGUGAACAUGGCACCUGGGAGGGAAGGGCCUCUGAUCUGAUGCUGUCUGAGAUGUCAUUUGAUGUUUCCCAAGGACAUAUUGGUGGCCUAGUUAAUACCAGGGCAAAAAGAAAUGGUCUAAAAAAAGAAGUUGCUACCUACUGGUGCUGAGUGACGUCACAGCCCAUGCUGACGGAAGAUUGAAAAACACCUGUUUUAAUUUUCUAUCCUAGAAUUGUUUUAAAAGGAAGUAGGAUGACCUCCAGGUGCUCAGUGCUUCUCUGUCAUAGGUAUUUUCUUUCCUGCAAGCUCUCGUGAAGGUGGCUGUGCCGUCAUGGUGUCCCCUGGAUUCUUGCUGGUCCUAUCAACCCAUGACUGGGUGCUCCUGCUCAUAUUUAGGGUGAAAAGUUCUGAAGUCUGGAUGAGAAGAAAUGUGAUUGUGUGAUUUGAAAUAAAUCACAGGAUUUUUUAAAGGAGAAAAGGAAAGCAUGUGUCUGUUCCUUUACAAUCUAAGUUUUCUACUACUUGUAACUCCAAAAUAUGAUGGAAUAUAUCUUCCAUUGACAUUUUAUCCUUUGAUUGUAUUAGGAAGUGGGCUAAAUCAUUCAAAAAUAUUUCAAAAACUGGAAAUAAACAGAAGCUACUUUGACUG